AUGACAAUAAAUAAUAAAAAGAGGAACAAAGGGAAACGAAAAAAUAGCAGAAAAUACAUAUGUGUCUUCCUUGUUUUACUCUCGUAUCUAUUCAAAACGAACGAAUGCGUGAUACCUAAUGAACGUAUUUCACAACUAAACGUUUUUGCUAAAACGAACAGAGGUGUAAAAAUUUUAAAAUUUUGCAAAAAGGUGGGGACAGAUAAACACUACCUUUUCAAGUGUAGCGACAAAAGGGAAGGGGGAAAAUUAGCGAGAAAGGAAAAGGGAAGAAGAAGCAGAAGUGGAAGAAGUAGAAGUAGGGGAAAGGGAAAAAAGGACAACCCCGCCUUAUUUGUGCGAAAUUUAUAUAAUAAGGGCAUGAAGAGGGAAAGAGCCCAUAAUUACAUCAAAGCGGACGUGCGAAAACUGAGUACAAGAGAUGAUGUUACUCCGAACAGAUGUCUAGGUGUUGGGGAACAAAGUAAUUAUACAGCUAAUGCGUGUUAUAUGCAUGACAAGUGGGAUACGCGUGAUAUACUAAGUAAGAAUGAGGAUCUCUCAGGGGUGGUGCAUAAUGACGAGAACAAUGACAAACACACUGUAGGUGAAGAGUUACUCACGAAUAGUGUUGAACUGAUAAAGCACAUAAAAUUCAAUUUUGAGGAAGAGUGUAAAGACAUAAUGGUGAGACUAGGAAACUUUUUGGAAGUUUCGCCUCAUUUAUUGUUCAAAGAUGUAUGUGUAAAUUUAAAUAAAUUAUAUACAAAUUUAUAUACAUAUGACCAUGAAAAUAUUCCUUUUGGUAAUACUGAACAUACAUUAAAUUUAACGGAUGAUAUUAUAAAACAUAAUAAAUUUAAAAUUUAUUGUGUGUUAGGGUUAAAAGUACUACGUAUUUUUUUAAUUAAAUAUUUGAGGAGUAUAAGGUUAUGUAUACCUGUAGAGGUAAGGAAAAGAUAUAUCAUUGACUUUCUUAAAAUUGAUUAUAUAUCAAAAAUAUAUGAUAAAAAAUAUGAUUUAAUUGAUUAUAAUAUAUAUAACAGAAUUUCUGAUAAACUGAAAACCAAAUUAAUAUAUUUUUACCUUGCCUUAAAACCACAUGAUGUACCUAACGUGUUAAUAAAAAUUUUUAAAGCAGCUAAUUAUAAAGAUGAAAAUGAAUUAAUAUAUAAAUAUAUCAAAAAUUCAAAAUUCACAUCAAGAGGGGGAAAAAGGUUUUAUAAAAAUAUUUCAAAGGAAUAUAUUAAACUAUUUGAAAAAGAAAAAUUAAUCAAAAAACAUUCCUGUGAAGAUAAUAUCCUAUGGCAACGAUUUUUCUCCUUACUGAAACAACACAAUGAAGAAAUAGCAGGCAGUCAGAAAAUUAUGAAGCACACAUAUCGUUUAAUUUUUAGCAAAAUUAAUUUUGCAAAUGAUCACUUGCUCCGCAUUUUUCGAGCGAAGGGCUUUCACAUUUUUGACCACUAUGAGGGUAGCCAAAAGGGUAGACUGACCGUAGAGAAUGAGGUAACAUCGAAUGGAUUGUCAUCAAAUGAAUUGGAAAUGGGCGAAGAGGAAGCAACAAACGGUCAAGCUGUACCGGACAGCCCAAUGAAGCAAAAACUAACUAUAGGACAUAAACGCGAAAUGUGUGUAAUAAAUUACAUUAAUAACUUGAAAAAAUUUAUCAUUAAUUAUAUCGAAAGAAAUAAAAGCAUAUACCACAGUUUUUACCUUUUAAAAAAAAAUGUUGAUACUCCAAAGAAUGUAUAUUAUGACGAUAUGAUAUCAAGAAAUACAAACAUUUUUCACUUUACAAAUUCUCAAAAUAGUAAAGAUAUAGAAAAAAGGGAAGAUAUACAGUCGGGUGGUAACUCUCAUGUAAGUAAUAAUACCAUGGAUGAGGAUUAUAGCAAUACGCAUAUUAGUAGCUUAGACCAAGGUGAAAAAGAAAGCAGAACCAUAAAAGAGCAUGAUAAAGAUAUUUCGAAGAAUGAUAUGGAAGAAAAACCUAGAGAAGACAAUGUUUUGAAACAAACUAAUGCGCAAUGGAAGCAUGUACCAUAUCAAAAAGAUGCAAAUCUGUACUGCGAUGAAAUUAUAAAUAACACCAUAGAUAACAUACUCGACAUCAUGAUAGAAGGGGCAGGAUUUAAAAAUAUCAAAACGUUAUUUGGAAUAUACAACUCGUUAAAAAGUAACAAGGAUUUCAAAUUAAUACAUUUCAAAGACAAGUUUUAA